GGAGUUUGUGUUACCCAGCAAUAUUGUGUGAUAUUAGAAACGUUACUCCUAUAUUAUUAUAGAGCAAGUUUGUUACACCCAGAUGCACUGCCUUGUCACUACAACAUCCUUUGUAAGGGACACUGGCAAGUAUAAGAACCAUACAUAAAAUUGCAUGGUGGUGGCAUCCAUAGAACUAAAAAUAGAUUUCUAGUUCUAUGGUGGCACCCCAUGAACAGUGAACCAUUGAACCUGUGUGAACCAAGGUGAGUUUACGCAGAGAACAGAACAUAUCUUGCUCUCAGAGUUUACUGAUUUUACUUGUGGCAUACUGCUGAACUAUUGUUAUAUUACUUGGUAUUUCCCAACAAACCUUAUUUGUACAUAUUCCCUGUUCCUAUUAAAUCAUAAAUUCUCCGAUAGGUGGCGUUGUUGCACAACAAACUGCGGCAAGGUUCGAGUUGUUUCAUUUCGCUGCAAAUCACGGAAUGUAAUUUAAUUUAAGUAAAAAAGUUAUACUUGUCGUAAUAUCACAUAUGUCUCUGUGGUUUUGAGUACCUUUUGUUAGCGUUUGAAGACGACGAUGGGCAAGCACUCCGACUCGGACGUCGAGUAUCGCAGGCGAAAAAGCCGCAAGAGCACGAAGAAGCGCAGGAGCCGAUCGCGGUCGGCGAGCUCGAACGGCGACGACGCGGCGGCGCGCGGCAAGUCGAGCCGCGGCAAGCGCAGGUCGCGCCGGCGGUCGCGCAGCCGCAGCGCCGAGCGCUCGAGCAAGUCCAAGCGCAGGUCAAGCUCGAGCUCGCGAAGGUCGCGCGACCAACGGUCGAGGUCGUCGGAGCGGCGGUCAAGGUCGCACGACCGGCGGUCGAGGAUGCGAGAGAGGAGGUCAAGGUCACGAGAUCGACGAUCGAGGUCGCGCGACCGGAGGUCACGGUCCCGAGAGCAGAGAUCGAGGUCGUAUGACAGGAGGUCGAGGUCUCGUGACCAGAGGUCGAGGUCCCGAGAUCGAAGAUCUCGAAGCAAAGAGAGACAGCGAAAAAAUGUAGAAACAAAAAGUUCACAUCGCGAUGCCAGGAGUAGAAGCAGUAGUCCUGAGGAUAAGGAUUUGAAUGAGGAUAACGUAACAAUGUCCAGAGAUCCUGCCUCAGAAAUCUCAGGAUUUGAUGAGAUGACACGUGCUGAACAGAAUAAAGUAAGAAUGAAGCUGGCACUGCAGGCUGCAGUUGCCGCUGAUGAAGCAUUGAAAGGACGAAUAGGGCCGCAGCCUUUGUCAGCAGAAGAGCAAAUGAAGAGGCAAAUGUCUAUAGACGAUAUAAACAAAUCUGAUUUCACUCCUUCCACUUUUAAGUCGACUCGCUCUGACCAGAAGGUACAACCGACAUCAAUGGCUGGGCUUACAGGAUCUAACAGUAUGUCAUCAGAGCAUAGCCAUGACAAGGCCAUGUAUGGAUUAGGCUCAUCCCAGUCUGUCAUACAACCUCUGGCAUCCACUUUGAGUAGUAACAAGAUUGUUUACCAGGACACUGAUAACAUAGCCCAUGAAAGCUUGUAUUCUAAUAUGGAGGAGAGAGAAGCUAGAUGGCGCCAGCGAUUGCUCCAGCUACGGCAACUGAAAUUGAACGGGGUCAUGCUGACUUGAAUGCUACAUGCAAACCUGUGGUAUUGUUACGUGUGAAUUUCUUGUUACUAUAAUUAAUGAUGUAAAACUGCAUUAGAGAGAGCACUGUAUAUCUUCAUUGACGUGAUAUUUAUUUGAGAUGAACGUUUGCUCUGCAAUGCUUGUGUUUAGAGUGGCAAGGCGGGAUUUGUAAAGAAUAUAUACGUACUUACAAAGAUUUCCAAUCAGGAACGACCAUAGGUAGAAGAGCUGGUACUGAAACAAAGCAAACUACAGUUAUUUUAUUUGAAAAUCUCUUUCUUUCUGUUUGUCGCGUAUUUGCUCUGUUUCACGAGGAAACUGAUGGCCUUGGGAAUCUUGUAAUCUAUAUUGUGUAAUGUGUAGUAUAAGUGUUGUAGGUGGUGUUACGAGUAUAUGUUUUGAUGAUAUAACAACAGAAGAAAUUUGAUAAUGAAAGCAUUUUAGGAUCGUGUGAUUGAAGUUCUGUUAUGUUGUUAUCAUCAUGGAAUAUAUUUGGAGAAUUCUCACAUAUAAA